UUCAUAACAAAUCGUCACUUCCUCUGACCGCUGCUAAAAGGUGAUCAGCCUCAGACUUUGCAUCAAUGUUGCGUUUGAUUGCAACAUCCCUGUGUCUACGGUGCCAACAUGUCACAGCUCUGCCUUUAAACCUCAGGUCAUUUAGCUCCACGGAGAACCAGGAGACCGUGGAGGCCCUUUACGAUCUCUCUGUGGACAUCCAGAAAGUCCGACAACUCAAGGGCUGGGUGCUGCAUCAGAGUCCAGCGUACACUAAGGAGGUGGCCGACCUGCUGAAGGACAUGGGAGCCUCCGGCCCCAUCAUUGCUCGGAUCUUAGCCGUUCACCCUGAGGCUGUCCUCUGUGAUCCGGAGCGGAUGCAGACUCAGAGGGACCUGUGGAUGUCCGUGUGUCCAAACCACACAGAGCUGGUUGGGAUCAUUGAGAAAUUCCCAGCAUCCUUCUUCACCUCCUCCUGUCACCACGACAACCAGCGGAACAACAUCGCCUACUUCCAGAGUUUAAACCUCAACAAACGAAUCAUCACUAAACUUAUGGCCAGCGCUCCGCAGAGCUUCAGCCGGCCUGUGGAGCAGAAUGAAGUGAUGGUCCACACCCUGCAGCAGGCCUACCAGGAGCUCGGGGGUGAGGAGGCCAACAUGAAACCCUGGCUGCAGAAACUUCUAAGUCAGAACCCGUUUGUUCUCCUGAAGCCCCCGGAGGUACUGAGGGAGAACCUGCUGUUCCUGAGAGACAAGGGCUUCAGCACGGCGGAGCUCCUCCGCCUCCUCUCCAAUCUUAGGGGCUUUGUCACUGAGCUCAACCCGGACAGCAUGUGUCGCACCCUGACGUACUCCAAGGACACCAUCGGGUGCUCCGAGGCAGAGCUGCGGGACAUUGUCCUCAAGUGCCCGGCUCUGCUUUACUACCCUGAAUCUAUUCUAGAUGAGCGCUUUAAGGGGCUCCUCGGCGCUGGGGUCAGCAUGUCUCAAAUCACGGAGACUCCGACUGUCCUGGAGCUGACCACGCAGAUAGUGAGCUACCGCAUCCAGCGGCUGAAGGCACGCGGUUAUGACGUAAGGACGGGUAGUCUGCAGGUCCUCAACGGCACCAAGAAGGACUUUGAGAUCAGCUUUGGAAAACUACAGCUGCGCCGAGAGAGACCACUGUUUAACCCCGUCGCCCCUUUAAGAGUAGAUGACUGACGUCGGUUGCAUGGACUAAUGAAACUGUAACUGGAUAUUUGUUGUUCAUGUGGUUAUUGGUGUAUGCACUGAUCAGCCACAACAUCAGCACUACCUUUGUAAUAUUGUGUAGCUCUCUCUUAAGCCUCCAAAACACUCCUGACUCAUCAGAGAAUGGGUGUGGGCCGUCUGAGGGUGUCCUGUUGUGGCUGAUCUGUGCAUAAUUUGUAUCAGGUUGAAGUGUCUUAAAGUAUAAAGGUGCAUUCACUUUAAGCCGUUACUUUAUUAUCAGAUACGUGCAUGUUUUAUACCUCAGAAUCUACUUUAAUAAUCCCAGGGGGAAAUUACUUUUCUUUACGGCAGCUCCUGCUCAAAGUGAACCAGUGUUCGGAACAAAGAGGAAUGUAGGCAGUAAGAAUAUGUAAGAAUAAGUAGGCAAUUAUAAUAAGAAUACAUGCAUCAAUGGAAAUUAUUGCACAUGGUGAGUCCAGAGUGGAAGAAAUGUAUAAAGAAAUAUAUACAAGUAUAUGAAAAGAAAGUGAACAAGAGUUAUCACAGCUGCUGUUACUUUACCAUUUAAACUUGGAAAAGACUAAAUCGUAAAGAGUCAGACUGACUCUGUCUGACUUGUUGUCUUUUUUGAUCUGAACUGGGAUCACACCCAGUUUGUUCCGCUGUCACAAUCUCCAACCCUUCGGAAUGUAACGUAAUUAAAAUUCCAUUAACAGAA